AUCCCCCACAUGCCCGAACUCCACGAUCUCUCCCAAAUCGGACGCAUGUUGCGUUUUUGUGUGCCGCCGCCACCGGCCUGCUCUCCCUCGACAACGCGACAGCGCCGACUCAUGUGUUUGGGUGCCGCCGCAGGCUGCCGCUGCCGCAGGCCUGCUCUCCCUCGACCUCGCCCUCGCACAACGCCGCCCUGCCCUCCUCCCGGCGCCCCCGCCUGACGCGCCAGCCCCGUGCCCCUACCCGUGCCGUCAUUGCAGACGCCGAGGCGGCCUUGGCCCCUGCUGGUCGCCUCUGUGCCCGCCGUCGAAGUGCUCGCCCCCAUCCUCGUCGUGUCGACAUUGUUCACCCGUUGACCCCCACCCCCCCUGGAGCUCUCCGAAGUGGAUCUGAUCGAGCACCAUUCGCGAAGCAAGGAGGAAAUGUCGGGUCUUGAUUCUUUGCUGGAGUACAAUGAAAUUGUUAGGCAGAUGUUUGGUAAUAAAGAAGAAGGAUUUCAGUUUUAUAACAACUAUGCUAAGGAGAAAGGAUUUAGUGUGAGGAGAAGCUACUGUGAAUGGGACAAUGGCCAUAAUGAGAUUACCCUUCGAAAGUUUGUCUGCAGUCAUGAAGGUUUUCGGGAAGAGAAGGAGCUGAAGAGGGAGAGUAAGAAGCGGAAACCGUGGAAUAUUACUCGUGUUGGAUGCCGUGCUAAACUUUCUGAUUGCACGAGAUCAGAGCACAGGGCAGUGGUAUGUGAAGGAUUUCAUCGGUGGACACAACCAUCCGAUGGCGGAACCAGACGUUGCUUGUGUGCUGCGUUCACAUAGAAGAAUCAGCGAUGAUCAGAAAGCUGAGAUUUUGGAGAUGCAGAUUUCUGGGAUCCGCAAACACCAGAUAAUGGAUAUUGUGCAAAAGCAGUACGGUGGGUACGAUAAGGUUGGAUAUACAAUGAGGGACCUGUACAAUUUCUGCCAUCGCAAUAAGCUGGAGACAGUUGCCGCUGGUGAUGCUCAAACAGUCAUCAGUUACCUGACAGAAUGCAAACAUAGAGAUCCUGAUUUCUUUUUCCAGUACAAGACUGAUGGGGAAGGGCACCUGAAGGGACUGAUCUGGUGUGACUGUCAAUGUCGGCUUGAUUACAGAGCAUUUGGUGAUGUCGUCGUAUUUGAUAGCACGUACAAAACGAACCGAUACAACCUGCCUCUUGUUCCUUUUGUUGAAGUGAAUCACCAUGGCAGUACGGUUCUUUUUGCUUGUGGAAUUGUUGCUCAGGAGACUAUUGAGUCUUAUGUGUGGCUGCUUAGCACUUUAUCUGAUGCCAUGGCUCAGAAGCAUCCGGUUUCCGUGAUCACUGAUGGAGACCUUGCUAUGCAGAGAGCAAUCAGGGUGGUGUGGCCAAAUUCAUCUCAUAGGCUAUGCAUAUGCAUAUUGAGCAGAACAUUGUGCGUAAUCUGCAUGAUGAUGGUGUCAAGAAUGAUUUUAGGUGUUUCCUUUAUGAUUGUUGCUCCAUAGAAGAGUUAGAGAUGAAAUGGCUAGAAUUCUUGGAUAAGCAUAACGUUACAGAUCAAGAGUCGUGGCUUUAUCAGAUGUAUGAGAGGAGAGAAAUCUGGUGUGCUGCGUAUCAUGCUGGUAAGUGCUAUUUAGGACUGAGGAGCAACCAGCGGAGUGAGAGCCUGAACUCUAGGCUUCAGCUAAAUCUAGAUCGUAAAAUGACAUUGUUUGAGCUGGUGCAACACUUUGACCAUUGUCUUUCACGGCUGCGUAGUAAUGAAGCACAUCUGGACUUUGAUGCAGAGAAUUCUGAGCCAAUGUUACAACCAGAUGCUUCAACUAUUGAGAAAGAGGCUGCAAAAAUGUUCACACCAGGAGUUUUUGCCAAGGUGCAGUUCAGCAUAAAGCAGGCAUGAAGUGUUUUAUGAGAGAGCCCCUAGAUGGCUAUGAUUUGCAGACAUAUAUUGUUGGAAGGGUGGAUAAAGGAGACAAAGAGUACUUUGUGAAAUGUGAGAUAUGUGUUGAUGAAGGCACUCUGAAGAGAAUUUCUUGUUCUUGUCUUAAGUUACAGUCCCUUGGAACCCCCUACUCACACAUCUUCUUUGUAUUGGGCUAUCGUGAUGAACGCAAGCUUCCAGAGUGCUGUCAUUAUUUCUGCGAUUUGAGUUAAAUGCGACAUUAUUGACGGUAGUCAACUGUUACAAACACAAUAUUGACGGCAGUCAACUGUUACAAACACAUUGAUCAUAUUGAGGCGUUCGUUGAUCUGGGCGAUCAUGUCGAGGCGUUCGUUGAUCUGGGCGAUCUUGUCAUCCAGCUCCCACCGCUGCCGCGGACCGAGCUUGACGCUGGGCCAAAGCCGCUUCCGCUUCCUCGACUGCUCGGCGGCUGCUAGCCUAGACACGGCCGUGACGGUACCCAAACGGUCGAGCAGGGCGUCGACGUCAAUGACGGCAGCCCUGAGCUCCUGGAGCCAGAGCCUGACGGCUUGGGCGCGGAAGUAUGCCCCACAAACUGAUGAUAGCCCAAGUUCAUUGAGAAGCUCAGAUGUGGUCUAGGAUCACCUCUGCACUACAAACAUUAAAGUCAUUCACAAUUUUAAUGGGGAAAUGUAAAAUAUACUCUAAGAACGGUUGUUAUCAUGUCAGAGAGGGAUGUACUCUAUAGUAUUAUGAACCUAGUGAAAUGAAAGCAACACUUCACUAUAUGGUGGUCAUUCACACAAACAAGAGUUGAAUCAAAAGACAAUAGGCAAUUGCUGUCAAUUUAGACAUAUGAGAGCACUCCAAAGUUUUCACAAAAAAUUAUCUGCUUGCUCAAAUCUGGAUUACUACAAAUUAGGGUUCAAAUCUGCUUGCUCACCUAAUACAAACAUAAUAUCCCCCUACAAUGUACAACAACUCGUAAAAUCUCUAAUAGUCCGUGAAUUUGUUGGAUGAUAGCCACUGUAACUGAGGAUCAACAUCACAAUUCACCACACAAUUGCAAUGUCAUGAACUAGUUAUGCAUGAAUUUCACAUCAACAGGUUAAGUCUAUCAGUACACGAUGCUCUACCUUUUCUGCGUGGGGAUUUGAUAUUGAACCCCUUGUGCUGCUCUGUCUGCUGCAUCUUGGUGGCACAAUGGUCACACAUUCAUGGAACAGAAUUCGGACACUUUGGAUCCACCUUCCUACUCCUCGGGGACUUCAAGCUACCCUCUGAUGCAACCAACAACCAAAGAACACAAAAAUUAUUACAGCAGUGGACCAACAAGCUGCUGGAGAAAACAAGACAGGCCCCCAUUACGGGUGAUGAAGUUAACAACCUUCUGAGGACAAGGAGGAACGGCGGGAGUGGUGCGAGAAGAGUGAAAUGGGUGACUUGGCGCCCUCCGACGAGCCGCCGGCGACGGCUAUCUUGGCGAGGCAGGCGUCGGUGCAGACGUGGAACGGGUUGAGCGCAUCGGGGCAGCGGGGAUCCACCUUCUUCCCGUCGCCAUUGGAACCUUCGCGCACUGCGAGACGCACGCACAGAGAUGGGAUUUUUCAGGAGCAGCGCGCAAAGAUCGAAACUUGCUCAUGGACAAGGAGUUCCAGUGACGAAAUCCAGAAUUGCAGAUAGAGAGCUUAUGGAAGACGUAGAGGGGGAGGCCGCCAGAGCCGCCCUUGUCGCGGCGGCGCGGCCUGAGAUGCGUCGCGCC